CAACGCAAGCCGAGUCUCAUUUCCUAGCUGGGCAGGGUUUUCAGUUGACGUUUGCUACUUUUCAUGCGUUCUUAACUUGCGUCUGAGAAUGAAAAGCUAUUUCAAAUUGCCCUUUGUUUUGCUAUUCUUGUUGGUCACAUUCUACGCCCAAGAGCAGCAAUUAAUUAUCGAAGUUCUUUAUUUACCAACUGAUUGCCCCGUUAAAUCGCAGAAUGGAGACAUCCUAACAACCGACUACACCGGAACACUGGAGGAUGGCACCGUUUUCGAUUCCAGCAUCGGUGGCGAACCUUUUAGUUUCACGCUAGGAGCUGGGGAAGUAAUCAAGGGUUGGGAUUUAGGUUUGUUGGAUAUGUGUGUGACCGAGCGUCGCAAGUUGACUAUUCCACCAUCGUUGGCCUACGGCGAGCAAGGAACAAGUGACGGAGUCAUUCCACCUAAUGCCACAAUCAUCUUCGAUGUCGAACUGUUGGCAAUCAGCCGGCCCUAACUGAUCAAGUACCAAUCUUUGUCUUGUCUAUACGUUUCGUUGAGCAAUUUUGAUGAUGCGUAACGAUGACAAUAGAAAAGUUUAUCGAAAA